GAAAGCAACCAUCAAAAACCCUAGAAAUUUUGAUUCCCCGUCCAGUUCCACUUUCUGCUCUUGCUCGUGUAGUGAAAAUGAAGGUCGUAGCCGCUUUCUUGCUUGCCGUUUUGGGAAGGAACACAUCCCCUUCAGCUGAGGAUUUGAAGGCUAUUCUCGGAUCAGUUGGAGCUGAGGCUGACGAUGACAAGAUAGAGAUGCUUCUGUCUGAAGUCAAAGGCAAAGAUAUUACCGAGCUGAUUGCUACUGGAAGGGAGAAGCUGGCUUCAGUUCCUUCUGGUGGCGGUGGCGUUGCCGUUGCCGCUCCUACACCCGGCGGCAGUGGAGCCGGUGCUGAACCUGCUGCUGAGGCCAAGAAAGAGGAGAAAGUCGAGGAGAAGGAAGAGUCCGAUGAUGAUAUGGGCUUCAGCCUCUUCGACUAAGCAAGUAUUGCAGGUAUCAAAGAAUUGCUCUCAUCAUAUGCAGUCAGUGCUUUAUUCUAGUAGUUUAUGUUUCUUGGUAUGUAGUUAGGCAUGGCUUUAGAUCUUCUUGGGACUUAUGUGAUCUUGUUUGGAAAAUAGAGAGAGAUAAAGAUGUUAGCA